GCACCGCUUCAUCCACACUUCAACUGCGGCACGAGAGACAGCGCGCGCGCUCUAAUCUACCGCCGCCUCCACUGAGCUGCAGUUCGGAAGAAGAGCCGCUGGAGGUCGCCACAGCUUGAAACUGUGGAGCUCUCUUUUCCAGGCCUAUAGGCCUACAUUGAAGGCAGCACGGCCGUUUUUAAGCAGAACAGCAGAUGUCACUACAGCCAAUAAACACUUCAUAUCUAGAUGCAUUUCAUUUCAAGGCGCAGAGAGCGUCAAUAAGAACCUACAGCAGGCUUGGUGCGUCUGUUGUCAACGACAGAUCUGCUCACAACUGGUCCCUCAACAUGGCACCUAAAGACCCUCUGCUCGCCACUCUCAAAGUGUGUGUCCUGAACCUGCAGUCAGAUGGGGAGAAGGUGACAGACAGCAACCCUCACCUCGCCUCCUGCUGUGAGCUUCUCGAGCUGGUCCUCAGGAAGGGGCUCCAACAACCAGUUCUCAGUCUGGUACACAGAGACUACUGGCAGUGUUUUGAACAGCUUACCCACCAAGACGCCUGUGGCAGGCUGUCUGCUCUGUCCUUGGCAGUGGAGCAAACCAAGGGUUGCAGGAAGCUGCUCUCAGCUCAGGGCCGAGGCCGCUACCUGCUCAGACUGGCCCUCAGCCGCAAGGCUCUGCCACAGUUCAUCACACACCUGCUGCACACACCCAGAGUCCUGGAGUGGUACAGUCCGGCAAUGUCAAUCCUCAGGAAUGAGGAAUUUGUGGAGCCUUUCGUGUCGCUGCUGCUGGUCCUCUCUCACAUGGAGUUUAAACUGGACAUGGAGAAUUGCAGUUUUCUGGAUGAGAGCUGGCUCCUACCGGUGUGUGAGACAUAUGAAGUAGUGCCCUGUCGGGAGGUAGGGAUGGUGUUGAGGUAUCUCAGUGGGCGCGUCUUCGUCCUCGAGCUGAUCCCUGGUAGUCAGGCUCAUGUCGACAAGUUUAUCUGUCCUGGUGACAUUAUUGAUGUGAUCAAUGGGACCUCACUGAGGAAUUCCAAGAAUGGACAGGCAGGUGUGGUUCUGUCUCGGCUGAAAGGCUGCCCUCUGUCCAUUGGUGUUCUGCGAUGGAAGGCUCAGGAUGGAACAGUGUAUCGGCCCCUUAUCAAACUCCUGCGGGCCCUGAGGAUGGAGAACCCCACCCUGCAGCUUGGUCCCGCUCCCUCCCAGCAGUCAGCCACCAAGGAUCAGGGAGCCUCCCCGUCACAGUGCCUCAAAGAGGGAAGGCAAGUUGGUUACCAAAUCCUUAAGGAUGAUUCUGCAGUGUGUACUCUUGACACUGACCCACCUCUCCUCAACAGGAUUGUGUACAUUGUUCAGUUCUUGGGCAAAGCAAACAUUGGAAUGUUUGGAGAUAAGGAGGUGCUGCAGCAUGCUAUUCCACAAGUGCUGCAGAAAAACCUGCCUAGCAAGGAAGUGCUUUUAGAUAUGAAAGAAACACAUUUGACAUGUACAGACAGAAACAGUCAACUGGAGCUGUUUGAGCAUCACUAUCCAGAGAUUUCUUGUGUAGGGAGAUUCGGUCAACUGGACUACACAAUAUUUGCAUUCUGCGUGGCAGACUCCCCAGAAAGCCCUCAGCUGACAGGCUUCUGCUGUGUGGUGCUCCGAGCCAGCACCGUGAAGGAUUGUGAGGAGAUCGUCUGCCGUAUUGCUACUGGUUUCAAGCAUACCGAGUGGUCUGUAUGACCAUUCACCAGCGAUCAACUCGUUACAUGUUGUAAAUAAAUGUAAUAAAUAUAUCUUAAACACUG